AUGAUGCAGGCAAUGGCUCACUGGAUUUUGAAAAUCAUGAGGCAUGGCCAAUUUUGGCAAAUUCUCAUGCAUUCACAAUUGUUUCCAUUGAGCUCAGCACUUCAAAACAAGCUCACUGCCACAAGUAUCAUACAAAACUUUGCAGAAGGUAACAUAUGGUUUGACAACAAUAUACAUGAAGAAGAAAAUCUGUGUCCUUUUUCUACACCAAACAGUCCAGAAUUAUCUCAAUUUCAUGAUAGCAUCCAAGAUGAAGGAAACAAAUACUUGACCCAUGGUAUUCUUUGGCAAGCACCAUCCAAUCAGAAAGAAGGACCUCACUUGGCCAGCCCUUUGAUACCAGAAAGAGAAACAGUGAUUACAUCAAAAACAUCCCACAGUGCAUUCAACCCACCAGAGCAGCAUGGUGCUAUAGUUACUGGUCUUCAAAGUUCAAAAGACCAGAUCUUUGAAGUAAACCCUAUGGUUGCCUCAUGGGAUUUGGAAGCUGGGUAUCUCAUUGCAGAAGAAUCCCCCACCUACCUGAAAUCUCCAACAGACAGCUUGUGUAAUCUUCAUGAUGAAUAUUGGAAUGCUCAUAGCUAUCUGGGACCCCCAUCACAGCCUGAUCUAUCCACAUCUGAUAUACUCAACUCUUACGGGGACUUUAGCAGUGUUCCGGAAGAUCAAAAUGUGCCCUACAAAGAUCUGUUUUCAAACAUGGACCAAUAUAAUAUCUUGAAUCCACCUCAAGAAAACAUUUACUCUCAAGGAAAGUUUGAAAGUAAUCACCACCAGAACAUUGAACUACCCGGGGAAGGUGUGUUAUCAAACUUACAAAACAUGCAGAGGUUUCCUCAUUCCUUUCCAAGCCAAUCCCAGGGUCCAAUUUUUGGACAAUCAUAUAGAGAUUUAAUCCAACAGCCUUUACAUGUGGUUAACAAUCACAUUUCUCCAAAUUCUGUUCAAAAUUACAUCCAGGGGUCUGAAAAUUUACCACAAGAUUUCUGCAAUAUUCCAUUUGUGGUAGAGAAAAGUCUCAUACCAGAAGCAUCUGCAAAGGGAAAAAGGAAGGUGUCUGAAAGCAUAGAGACCCAACACUUUCUUCACAGUCAAGAAAAUUUAAGGCCCAUCGCUACUUCCUUCAAUGCAAGACUUUUUUCUUCAGGGGAGGAUUCAGAAGCAGGAGCUUGUGGUCAUCUCAAAAACAAUACUCCUACAAAAUGCAGAGGGCCAAAGUUACAGAGAUUUUCAUCAUCCAGAAGAUAUUAUAAUUGUGGUGUACAAGAGCAUCCUCAUAAAAACCCUUUUGUUGCUUCAAUUGAACCUGCUGUGAAAGAAAUAUCAAGACCAUUCACCCAUACACAACGUCAAUCAAAGGAAGCACUAGUCAUGCUACAAAACAUAGGUGCAUUCUAUGUGAACAACUCACCAAGUUUGUGUAUUAGUACCACUAUUUGGUUUGAGGAACUGAAGAGUGAUAUGAUCAAAAACAACUCCUCUGAAAAUUCUGUGGUUAAGGCAGUUGAACAUGCAAUGAGAUUAGCUCACCUUGAAAUUACAAUGUGUUUCUUUGGCCUGAUGCAGAUAUUUGCAGCCAAGACAGUUGAUCAAUCGUCCCUGGGUAUUAUGAUGCAAGAGGGGUGGAGAUUCAUCAAAGAUGAAUUUGAAACAUGGAGAGACUUGGAUCUGACUAGAAAUGGCUUGGAAAGUAUUCAAAACCUGCAGAUAACCAAAGAUCCACACAUCCCACAUAAAAAGCUUGGAGUGACAGCAAGCUGGGAAGGGUUCUAUGUAAGAGGAAAUGGGAAGAGACCCCUCUCAUCAUUUGAAUACCUGAGCAGCCUUACACAAUUUACAAAUAUCCAAUUCAAAUUCUUUAGAGUCUUGAUAGACAAAUGGAAUCAACACCAAACGGUUUUGAAACUAGGGAGACAGGCACUUGGGCACUCUUAUUCAGAGAUUCAGACAUUCCGCAACUUACAUGUGAAGUAUAUUCAUGGUGGAUUUUAUUCAAGAGCAGGCAUAGGGAACCUUGUGUUUUCUGGAGUAAAACUCUCCAGAGAUAAUGGGGUAUCAUCAAAUGAACCCCAAGCAGUCAAAACAGGUCAUCAAAUCUGCCUGAGAUUUUCUCAAUGUGCACAAUUUCAUUCACCUGUAGGAUUUGAUAUGUGUCAAGAUGUUCACAUCUUCUUUGUGUCAUUGAUUGAACAUCUAUUGAGCUCUUACAAGAGUGUAUAUGAUUGUGAUACCUCGGCUGCUGGCAAGCACAUCAGGAGUAGAACCAAGCAUCUAUCAAGUUCUGAUCAACAUCAGGGAAACGUUCAAAACAUUGUCAAGGCUGUCAGUAUGGCUCAAUAUAGAUUGACCGUGGCUUUCAUGGGUCUAGUGAGAGCACUUUACAGCAAAGAUGUCCAGGAUCAUACACUACAGAUACUUCUUGCAAGUGCAUGGGACUUCCUGAAAGGGAUAUUUUCAAGGUGGAGAGAUUUCAAGUUUGAUCAAGAUCUUCACACUCUCUUCAAAGUGAGAAGUUCCAAUGAGGACAGAAUGGCCACAAAUUGGGAAGAUCCCCAUAGACUGUUCAAUGCACUCUGGAAACACAAAGACAUUGCAAGAUAUCCUCUCCAAAUCCUUGGUUUAAAAACCCUAUUUCAGGCUUGGAGUUAUAUUUUAUUGAACUCAAAGAUAAACCAGACAGAUCAAAAUUUUGAAAUCAAGUUCUUACAUGCAAAUUCUCCAUUUGGGUGGGCAUUGUCUUGA